AUGGUGGUGGCAUCAAGUAUGGAAUCGGCCGAGACAGAGCCGCUUUUACCUGUUCUGCCCAUACCGAUUGACAUACUGGAUGACAUCCCCGUCAAAGUACUCAACAUAGAUACCCCAGAUGCGGAUCUGGUGGAGGAUGCGAACGGGAAAACACUGGUGGUGAGGCCGUUGAUUCCGUUAGACGAGAGCCUCCCACACACUCGGAUCCUGGAUCUUUAUUCCACUUCGAUUUUAUUUCUGGCGCGGAUGAUGGGAUCUGGCAUCUUUGCAACCCCCAGUGGCAUCUUCACGGACUGCCAGGGUUCGGUGCCUUUGUUUUUGCUGACAUGGAUCCUGGGUGGAAUUAUCGCACUCAGUGGCCUAUCGCUAUAUCUUGAACUGGGCUCUCUGUUACCUGUAAACGGGGCCACCAAGAUAUUUCUCGAGUACAUCUUCCCUAACCCAAAGUUUUUAGCCAGCGUUGUUUUUGGCUGCUUCACAGUACUGUUUUCGUUGUCCUCGACCAAUGCUAUUGUUUUUGGCGAAUACGCGAGAUACUCGCUUGGACUUCCUAGUGAUGAGUACGAAUCCAAGAAGCUGGGAGUCUUGCUUAUUCUUUUUGCCGUGAUAUUGCACGGUAUAUCCAGGAGGUUUGGCAUUCUGGCACAGAACCUCAUUGGAGGUGUCAAAUUGUUUCUGCUAUUUAUCACCACCGCAGUUUGUCUUUAUGUUCUAAUUCUGCCCAGCUCAGUCACAAAUAUAGAAAACAAUCUUUCAAGAGCAGACUUGGUGCGAUUUCCAGAUUUUUCGAAGUUCUCAGGAUCUUUGUACGCUAGUGCAGUCUUGAAGGCUAUAUACUCCUUCGGAGGUUGGACCACUGCUCACACAGUCCAGAACGAAAUCAAAGAUCCUAUACAGACACUGAAGGUGGCUGGUCCAUUGUCGCUUGGUAUCAUCAUGGUUGCGUACAUGUUGAUGAACGUCUCAUAUUUGGUGGUGAUCCCCCAUGACGAGCUUUUGGGCAAGGGCCAAUUGGUUGGUGCUUUGUUCUUCACCAAGAUUUUUGGGAGAAAGUUGGGAGAGCUGUUUUUAUCCUCGAUAAUUGCAGUAUCAGCUGCUGGUAACGUCUUUGUGGUGGUUUAUUCAGAUUCGAGACUGAACCAGGCCGUUGCCAGAGAGGGUUUCUUACCGUUCUCCAAAAUCCUACUCUCGAACAGACCAUGGGGAUCACCUCUGGCAUCCAUAUUGCUUCAUGGUUUGAUAUCAUCUCUCGUGAUCUGUUUGCCUCGUGCAGAAUCCGGAAUAUACAAUUACAUCGUCUCCAUGCAAAUAUACCCAAACCAGCUGUUCCAUGCGAUCCUGUCAGCAGCGCUGCUGUUCAAACUUCGUCCCAGAUUUCCUAUGAUCAGGGCUCCACUGAGGGCACCAACAGCUCUCAUUUACUGUUGUCUGAUUGGGAGUUUGUCAAUUGUGAUUUCGCCCUUUCUACCAUGGGGAAGUCAGAGAGAUCAGAGUUUUGCUUUGGUGGGCCUUAGCAUUUUGGGUCUUGGCGCUGUUUACUGGUUGGUAACUGUGGUGAUCCUGCCUCGAGUACUUGACUAUCAGAUUAUUCUGAAGAAACAGUUUGACAAGUAUGACGGGAUGGACUACUUUGUAUGGACGAAAAGUUACGAUAGAGAGGAACUCCCUCAUGCGUAA